CGGCAUUCCCCAGCGGGAGAACGCAGGCUCCGGGCAAUGGCGAGCGAAGGAUCCCCAGCCGGCGACCGCGAGCCCCGGCGGCCGCUGCACUCCGCGCGGGCCGUGGACGUGGCCACGGCCUCUAGUUUCCGGGAUUUCGCGAUGAGCCAUAUACAUCUGGACUUGCGGAUCCAGUUCGGGCCGCCUGGACCGGGCCCGGGGAGCCGGGGGCUGAGCGGCCAGGCGGUCCUGGAGCUGCGCUGCCUGCAGCCCGAGGGCGCCUCGGAACUGCGGCUGGACUCGCACCCCUGCCUGGAGGUGACCGAGGCGGCGUGGCGGCGGAAGCUGCCGGGUGUGGAGAAGCCGCCGGCGGAGCCCGUGCCGUUCCGCACCGAGCCCUUCUCGCGCUACGGCCAGGCCCUGUGCCUGAGCUUCCCGCAGCCCUGCUCGGCGGGCGAGCGCUUCCAGCUGCUGCUCACCUACCGCGUCGGGGAGGGACCCGGGGUUUGCUGGUUGACUCCUGAGCAGACCGCUGGAAAGAAGAAGCCCUUUGUCUACACCCAAGGUCAGGCUGUCCUAAAUCGGGCCUUCUUCCCUUGCUUUGACACUCCUGCGGUGAAAUGCAAAUAUUCAGCUCUUAUUGAGGUCCCAGACGGCUUCACAGCUGUGAUGAGUGCUGAUACCUGGGAGAAGAGAGCAUCAAAUAAGUUCUUCUUUCACAUGCAUCAGCCCAUCCCCUCCUAUCUGAUAGCUCUGGCCGUCGGAGACCUGGUUUCAGCAGAGGUUGGACCCAGGAGCCGGGUGUGGGCUGAGCCCUGUCUGGUUGAGGAUGCCAAGAAGGAAUAUGACGGAGUGAUAGAAGAAUUUUUGGCAACUGGAGAGAAACUUUUUGGACCCUACGUUUGGGGAAGGUAUGAUCUGCUCUUCAUGCCGCCAUCCUUUCCAUUUGGAGGAAUGGAGAACCCUUGUUUGACCUUUGUCACCCCCUGCCUGCUAGCAGGGGACCGCUCCUUGGCUGAUGUCAUCAUCCAUGAAAUCUCCCACAGUUGGUUUGGGAACCUGGUCACCAAUGCCAACUGGGGUGAGUUCUGGCUCAAUGAAGGCUUCACCAUGUACGCCCAGAGAAGGAUCUCCACCACCCUCUUUGGAGCUGCUUACACCUGCCUGGAAGCUGCCACCGGGCGGGCUCUGCUUCGACAGCACAUGGACACCACUGGCGAGGACCAUCCACUCAACAAGCUCCGGGUGAAGAUCGAGCCAGGUGUUGACCCAGACGAUACCUACAAUGAAACCCCCUAUGAGAAAGGCUUCUGCUUUGUGUCAUACCUGGCCCAUUUAGUGGGCGAUCAGAACCAGUUUGACAAUUUUCUCAAGGCCUACGUGGAUGAAUUUAAAUUCCAGAGUAUCUUAGCUGAUGACUUUCUGGAAUUUUACUUGGAAUAUUUCCCUGAGCUGAAGAAAAAGAAAGUAGAUUCCAUUCCAGGUUUUGAGUUUGAUCGAUGGCUGAACACCCCUGGCUGGCCCCCCUACCUCCCUGACCUCUCCUCGGGGGACACACUCAUGACCCCGGCUGAUGAGCUGGCUCAGCUGUGGGUGUCCAAGGAGCUGGACAUGAAGGCCAUCGAUGCCGUGGCCAUCUCUACCUGGAAGACCUACCAGCUGGUUUACUUCUUGGAUAAGAUCCUCCAGAAGUCCCCGCUCCCUCCCGGGAAUGUGAAGAAGCUGGGAGAGGCGUACCCCAAGAUCUCGAGUGCCCAAAAUGCGGAGCUCCGGCUGCGGUGGGGCCAAAUUGUGCUCAAGAAUGACUACCAGGAGGACUUCUGGAAAGUGAAGGCAUUCCUGCAGAGCCAGGGCAAACAGAAGUACACCCUCCCGCUGUACCGCGCCAUGGUGGCAGGCAGCCAGGCGGCCCGGACCCUGGCCCAGGAGACCUUCGAGGCCACCGCCGCCCAGCUCCACAGCAAUGUCGUCAACUACGUCCAACAGAUCCUGGCCACCAAGGGCAGCUAGAGGCUCUGCCACCUCCUCUUCCGACUCCGCAGCCUCUCAGAAUCACAUCCCAAACCCCAGGCCUCGGGUCACCUUCCUCCAGUUCUCAUCCCCUCAGGACAGCUUCCUUGGAGCUUGGGGUCGCUCUCACUCCUCACUCUGCCCCCCAGGCCAGAGAGUUUGCACAGCCCUCAGGGACUGGAGGCUUCACUAGGGGCCUCUGUCUCCCCGCUUCCCCCCUGGAGUCUUUGGGGGAAGAGCAGAGGAUAUUCUUCCUUUCUCUUUCUUUCCUUCUUUUUUGAUUCUCGAAGUACUAUGCAAAGGGCUGCCACCUGGUAGUUCUUUUUUCAGGUUUAAUCCGCAUUUUAAUAAAUAUUUUUAUUUGA